UCCACACCCCGCCUAGCCGCGGCGGAAAACCAGAGUCCAGAGCAGAGGAGGGAGAGGGAACGCUGCACCCGCCCAGCCCCUCCGCCAUUACUCCGAUUCCCCUUCCCGGCUUCUCCUCCUUCCCCGGCAAUUAAUGCCGCCAACAACCAGAUCCAGCCCCCGGAAACCUAAGCCGCGCAAACAAAUACCCUCUUCCCAUUCUGCCCCUCCCCCGCGCAUCAUGCCAUUCCGCCCCACGAUCGCGCCGCCGCCGCCGCUGACGACGAGGGGGAGCGGAGAGCCAUGUCCUUCCUCGACCCGCUCGCGUCGCUCGGGCUCGGGUACGCCAUCGCCAUCGCGCUCGGCUUCCUCGUGCUCCUCGCCUCGGUGCUGCUCGCCUCCUACUUCUGCCUCCGCCGCGGGGCCCGCGAGGGGUUCGGCGCCGGCGCGGGGGGCUCCGCGCGCCACGCCGUGUCCUCCGCCUCCAGCUCCUCCAGCUCCGGCCACAUCUCCAUCACCGUGCCCCGCGUCGUCUUCGUGGCCGAGGACUACGACUCCCCAGGCUCCUCCUCCCGCGGCGCCGCGGCCGCGGCCUCGCCCGUCGGCCUCGACCCGGCAGUCAUAGCGACGUACCCGACGGUGCCCUUCUCCAGGGCCGCGCUGGGGGCGGACGCCGAGGCCGCCUGCUCCAUCUGCCUCUGCGAGUACCGCGACGGCGAGAUGCUGCGGGUCAUGCCCGAGUGCAAGCACAGGUUCCACCUCACGUGCCUCGACGCGUGGCUGCGCCGGAGCGCGUCGUGCCCCGUCUGCCGCUCCUCGCCUAUCCCCACCCCCGUCUCCACCCCGCUCUCCACCCCGCUGUCGGAGCUCGUCCCGCUGUCGCAAUACGCUGCUGACCGUCGCCGGAGCAGGUGAUGGAGGUUUGGGUGAUUCACUGGUGAUGCUUAGCAUAUUUCAACUGUUGGAUUAGAGAGCUGCCAUAACUUAUAGAAAGUUUUGCUUGGUAGCAGUGAAUUGUUGGACCAAGGAAGACAAGCAGUGUACAUACAUUGUUCUUGCGUUCUAAAUUUUAAUAUAUAGCUUCUAUCUAGUGAGGUACCUGUGGUCCUAUAGAGUUGUAUGUGCAAUAUCAGUCUCUGAAUUAUCUUUAUUCCAUUUAUAUAAAUUAUAUUGCAGUGUACAUUCUUGGAUGUGGGCUUUAUUGUUUUGGUAGCAAGAAUGUGAAAGAACCUGCUGCUUAGUUCUCACAAAAUGUGGGAGUACAGCUGUGCAAGCAAAAGCUUCUAGCAUCUAAAUGGAAAUUCUAUAUUGUAAAAUUCUUAGUCAUUGAGCUAUUUCUGGGUCUUGAGAUACUUCUGACACCCUGCCUGUCUGAUAAUUUGGAGCACUGGAUUUUGCAGUCACAACUGAAUUAAUGUUCAACAAGGUCAUUAGAUUUUGAGGAAGCUAAUCACAUUUGAGAUGAUCCUUUUGUGCAGAUUCCUCCUUAAACUUCCAUCUGUAACUAUGUCCUUGACCCCCUUCUAUUUGAAUCAUACCAUUAUAUCUGUUAUGGAAACUGUCUUUCUAUUUCAAUUUGUCCAUCCUGUUGACUAGCCUGAAUUUUCAAACACUAUCCUUGGUAGGUUCAAAUACUCAUGUUUUCUCUCUGGUUCUUAAAUCUCUGGCUGAACAAUUUCAUUUUUGUACAUGAAUGUUGCUCCUUUCUCUUGUCUUUUGGUUUCUGGGAUAUUAGUAAACCAACUGUAACUAGUUGACAUCAUGACACGUUAAAUGCAUACCUUAUACCAAAUUUGGGGUUCUUUUAUAAAAGGCAAGAUGUUGCUAGUUGCAGACUUGGACAAUUGCCAAAUGAAUAAUGAACCUAGUAUUGUACUGUAGUACAAUGAUCAGUUGGUGUUCUUCAUUUGCCAUGUCACCAUUCAACAAUGUAGAGUCAUGGUGACGCUCUCAUUCCUUUUGUUUCUUUCUUUACUUUUUCAGGGAUGGCGGGCCCAUAUAUACCAAGUUGCUUCUCUAUAAAUACUAUGCGUGGGGUUAAUUAUUACGUGAAGUUAGCACAUUUUCAUGCCAUUUCAAGUUAAUUCCGUGUGAUGUGAUCAUGUGGGAUUGAGCACCAAUGAAUCAAAUAAAUUGCUGACGGGAUACCCCUGUAUCUACUAUUCUACUAUGUAUAUUGUGUUCUGUUUGAACCAGCAACUUUCUGCAGGGAAAAGGCUGUCUUUGAAGUAACAAGUAUGUUUUGGCUACGUGAAGUUAGCACAUUUUCAUGCCAUUUCAAGUUAAUUCUGUGUGAUGUGAUCAUGUGUGAUUGAGCACCAAUGAAUCAUACCAAAGAAAUUGCUGA